AUGCCCAGCUCCAUGCCCAGCACUGGGGACACAGUGGUGAGCAGAACAGACCCGGGGCCUAUAGGAGCCUAUAGUCUAGUAAAGCAGACUUUCAGUUUAGCAGCGCGGCAGUGGUGCGCGCUGCUCCCUGCCGGGCGCGCGGCCGCGCAGUCCGCCUUCUGUUUGCCGGGGUCACGUUUGCACCGGCCUCUGCUUUCCGGUGAAAAGGGCAAUGCACUGCAACUGCGGGGGGAACGCAACGCGGGGGAAGUGGCCGGGGACCCGCUCUCGGGGGUCCGUGGAUGGCGCCGAGCCCGCCACUUCCCUUUGCCAGAACUUCAACCUAAGCGAUACUAUAUACUGUACAAGAGUCUGAGCCUCCACCGCCUCGAUCAGAUCGUGAAUGUCAAAAAGCAGAGCGUCUGUUUGAUGAAUAUGAGGACAGCGGGAACUUUGGGCGACCCUGGCUCUCUGAAUGAGACCACCUAUGAAAGACUGGCGGAGAAGACACUGGACUCCUUAGCAGAGUUUUUCGAAGACCUCGCAGACAAGCCUUACACAUUCGAAGACUAUGAUGUCUCAUUUGGGAGUGGUGUUUUAACAGUUAAACUGGGUGGAGAUCUAGGAACCUACGUGAUCAACAAGCAGACCCCAAACAAGCAGAUCUGGUUAUCUUCGCCCUCCAGCGGGCCCAAGCGCUACGACUGGACAGGGAAGAACUGGGUGUACGCGCACGACGGCAUGUCCCUCCACGAGCUGCUGGCCAUGGAGCUGACUAAAGCCUUAAAAACCAAACUGGACUUAUCUUCUCUGGCCUAUUCCGGAAAAGGCGCUUGAUGCCCAGCCCAAUCCCAAAGACAUGAACAGCUCUAAAGCCCAGACCCCAGCUCCGUCCUGCAGCUGUGUGUCUGGUCUGUUCCAUUCCCACUUUGGAGGACAGUUGCAUGGCGUGUAAGGAAGAGCUCUGUGAAAGAGCGUGUUGCCUCCCACCCUCCCCCAAGUUCGGAUUUGUAAUUUCCGUAGUGUUUUUGGAUUUAUUGUCUGAUUUCCUCCCUCACAGGAU